UGGCUGCUAGUGGCCAGCGCGGGUCACGUGAUCAAAACAGUGUCAUGGCGGCGUCCGCGGCGGUCCGGGCGGCUGUGAGUUUCUCUCAGCGGUUCGUCCGAGUUUCGCCGGACUGCAGCAUCUGUCCGCUGUACCGGCUGAACGUGUGCACGGGAGCCGCGGUCGGACGCGCUGUCGACGGGUUUUCAGCUCCUAACAGAUGCCUGCGGACCAGCAUCGGUGUGUGUCAGAGUGAAGACAGCACCUCACCGGAGGAGGACGAGCAAGUGGUUAACGUGGUGUACGUCGACCGCUCCGGACAGAGGAUUCCAGUCAAGGCGAGAGUGGGCGACAACGUUCUUUACCUGGCGCACAAGCAUGGCAUUGAUCUGGAGGGCGCCUGCGAAGCGUCUCUAGCCUGCUCCACCUGUCACGUGUACGUCAGCAGCGAAUACUACGAUAAACUUCCUGAACCUGAAGAAAGGGAGGACGACAUGCUGGACAUGGCGCCGAUGCUGCAGGAGAACUCGCGUCUGGGUUGCCAGAUCAUCCUGACGCCGGAGCUGGACGGCAUCGAGCUGACGCUGCCCAAGGUCACGCGGAACUUCUACGUGGACGGUCACGUGCCCAAACCUCACUGAGCGGCGGGAGAGCGAACGGAGGGUUCACGCGAGAGCCGGCGUUGCGGAUCGCAAAGCACCGUGGGAUACCGACGCUAGACGAGGCUCUUGGGUGAGCGCUCGCAGCUUUAACGGGCUCUUCGAACGGCUCCGGUGAGCUGAGUGGCGCUGAACUCUUGAGCUCCAGAUGAAUUUGGUCUGAAGGACGCCGGCGUGGUGCUGCAUUAUCCUUCAUAUAAUCACAACAUUAGCGAUAGCGUAAAUGUACGUCAAACGUCAAAAUACAAGAUCUGUUUUUUCUCUGUUUCCUUUCUUCUACAUGAAUAAAAUGAAGCCUCUUUUAGGACCUUCAAGGUUUUU